AUGAGAAAUAAAUUAAUUGUAAUUCUUUUACUCUCUUUAAUAUUUACCUCUGCUUUAGGUGCAAGAAGCCAUAAAAAGAGAGGCGAUAAUAAGACUACUACAGGUGCUACACCUGAAAAAGUUUCUACCGAAGAAGUUUCAGAAGAAUAUGUUUCAGAAGAAAAUAACGUUUCAUCAAAUUUGGGAUAAGCCUUAAAUUCUGCAUCUCAAGCUGUUGGUGAUGUAUUUGGAAGCGUAGGUGAUUCCGUUGGAAACUUGGGAGAAGCUGGUAAUUCUCUUGGAUAGGGUGUUAAUAAUGUUGCUGAUAAUGUUGGUUAAGCCACAAAUGGUGUUGGUGAAACAGUUUAAGAUGGAGUUGAUGGAACUUAAGGUUUAUUUGACGGAGAAAAUGAAGAAGAAGAAGGAUAAGAUGCUGGUAAUGAAACUACUGAUAAAAAAGAUGAAAAUAAAGAUAAUAAAACUGACAAAUCUGAUAAAAAAACUGACAAAUCAGAUAAAUCCGAUUCAAAAAAAUCUAAUAAAUUUAUUAAGUUGACAAAUAAAGACGAAGAUGAAGAUGACUCUAGCUCUGAUAACAAUGAUGAAGGUGAUAAUGAUACUACAGAUGAUGGAGAUGAUAAUGAUGAUUCCAAUGGUGAUGAUAAUGAAGACUCUAAUGGAGAAGAUAAUGAUGAUUCCAAUGGUGAUGAUAAUGAAGAUUCCAAUGGAGAUGAUAAUGAUGAUUCUAAUGGAGAAGAUAAUGAUGAUUCCAAUGGUGAUGAUAAUGAAGACUCCAAUGGAGAAGAUAACGAAGACUCCAAUGGAGAAGAUAACGAUGAUUCCAAUGGUGAUGAUAACGAAGACUCCAAUGGAGAUGAUAAUGAUGAUUCCAAUGGUGAUGAUAACGAAGACUCCGAUGGUGAUGAUAAUGAUGAUUCAAACGGAGAAGAUAACGAUGAUUCCAAUGGUGAUGAUAAUGAAGACUCCAAUGGAGAAGAUAACGAUGAUUCCAAUGGUGAUGAUAACGAAGACUCCAAUGGAGAAGAUAACGAUGAUUCCAAUGGUGAUGAUAACGAAGACUCCAAUGGAGAAGAUAACGAUGAUUCCAAUGGUGAUGAUAAUGAAGACUCCAAUGGUGAUGAUAACGAAGACUCCAAUGGAGAAGAUAACGAUGAUUCCAAUGGUGAUGAUAAUGAAGACUCCAAUGGAGAAGAUAACGAUGAUUCCAAUGGUGAUGAUAACGAAGACUCCAAUGGAGAAGAUAACGAAGACUCCAAUGGAGAAGAUAACGAUGAUUCCAAUGGUGAUGAUAAUGAAGACUCUAAUGGAGAAGAUAACGAUGAUUCCAAUGGUGAUGAUAAUGAAGACUCCAAUGGAGAAGAUAACGAUGACUCCAAUGGUGAUGAUAACGAAGACUCCAAUGGAGAUGAUAAUGAUGAUUCUAAUGGAGAAGAUAAUGAUGAUUCCAAUGGUGAUGAUAACGAAGACUCCAAUGGAGAAGAUAACGAUGAUUCUAAUGGUGAUGAUAAUGAAGACUCCAAUGAUGACUCAAAUGGAGAAGAUAACGAUGACUCCAAUGAUGAUGAUAGCGAAGACUCUAAUGGAGAAGAUAACGAUGAUUCCAAUGGUGAUGAUAAUGAAGACUCCAAUGGAGAUGAUAAUGAAGACUCCAAUGGAGAAGAUAACGAUGAUUCCAAUGGUGAUGAUAACGAAGACUCCAAUGGAGAAGAUAACGAAGACUCCAAUGGAGAAGAUAACGAUGAUUCUAAUGGUGAUGAUAACGAAGACUCCAAUGGAGAUGAUAAUGAUGAUUCUAAUGGAGAAGAUAAUGAUGAUUCCAAUGGUGAUGAUAAUGAAGAUUCCAAUGAUAAUGAUGAUUCUAAUGGAGAUGAUAACGAAGACUCCAAUGGAGAAGAUAAUGAUGAUUCUAAUGGUGAUGAUAAUGAUGAUUCUAAUAGAGAUGAUAAUGAAGAUUCCAAUGAUGAUUCCAAUGGAGAAGAUAAUUCAGAUGAUAAUAAUGGAGACGAUAAUGAAAGCUCAGAUGAAGAAGGCUCUGAAAAUGAUUCUGAAUUAUUACAAGUUAAAAAGAGCAGAAAUUUAAGAAAAGAAUCAAAUGAAGAAUAACCAAACUUCUUACAAAAAAUAAAAUCUUUUUUCACCAAAAGUAAAAAAUUCGUUACUCAAAAAGUUUUGGGAAUGACUGAAGAAGAAGACAACAAUUGA